GGCGCGCUCGGGCUCCUCCUCCGUCCUGGCCCAGCAGACAGCCGCCGCCGCCGCCCGGCCGGGAGGAGCUGCUCCUUUUCCUCCUUCUUCCCUCAGCAGCCCGUCCGCUCGAGUCGUCGGUGAAGCCCCAGACCUGUGUCCGAGGAGCAGCAGCAGCACCACAGGGCAGGUUUCUGGGACAGCAAGUGGGAGAGUGAAGAGGUCGAAAGACCCACCCCCCAAAGUUUGUUCAGACGGAAAAAGAGAGAACAGAGAAGGAAAAUGUUAGGCAAAACAGAAGAACAAGGACAGACCACCUGCUUCCCAGUAGGGUGACAUUUAUAAAACCAGAAUCCAAAAAACAAGAGGGAAAGAAGUCCAUGCCCUGUAAGUAGGAAAAAUUUCAGUUCUGAACCAAGCUUUCAACCUCAGUGCAAAAUGGACACAGGGCAGAAACCAUAUAAGUGCUUGGAGUGUGGAAAGAGCUUCAGCAGGAGUUUAAAUUUUAUUGUACAUCAAAGAACCCACACUGGAGAGAAACCAUAUGACUGUUUGGGAUGUGGAAAGAGCUUUAGUGACAGUGGAUCACUUAUCAGACAUCAAAGAAGCCACACUGGAGAGAAGCCAUAUCAGUGCUUGGCGUGUGGAGAGAGCUUUGGCAGGAGUGAAAAUCUUGCCAAACAUCAAAGAACCCACACUGGAGAGAAACCAUAUCAGUGCUUGGAGUGUGGAAAGAACUUCACUGACAGUGGUUCACUAACCAAGCAUCAAAGAACCCACACUGGGGAGAAACCUUAUCCGUGUUUGGAGUGUGGAAAGAGCUUCAGUGUCAGUAGUUCACUAACCAAGCAUCAAAGAACCCACACUGGAGAGAAAAGAUAUCAGUGCUUGGAGUGUGGAAAGAACUUCAGUGAGAGUGGUUCACUUACCAAGCAUCAAAGAACCCACACUGGAGAGAAACCAUAUCAGUGCUUCGAGUGUGGAAAGAGCUUCACUAACAGUAGUUCACUUAUUCUGCAUCAAAGAAUCCACACUGGAGAGAAACCAUAUGAAUGCUUGGAGUGUGGAAAGAGCUUCAGGUCAAGUUCCUACCUCAUUUCACAUCAAAGAACCCACACUGGCGAUAAACCAUAUCAGUGCUUGGUAUGUGGAAAGAGCUUCUGUGAGAGUGGAUCACUAACUAAGCAUCAAAGAACCCACACUGGAGAUAAACCAUAUAAAUGCUUGGAGUGUGGAAAGAGCUUCAGGGAAAGAGCAGAACUUAAGGUGCAUCAAAGAAUCCACACUGGAGAGAAACCAUAUAAGUGCUUGGAGUGUGGAAAAAGCUUCAGGCAAAGUGGAAAACUCACUAGACAUCAAAGAACUCACACAGGAAAACCAUAUAAAUGUUUGGAGUGUGGUAAGAGCUUUGGCAGGAGUGGAACUCUUAUUAUACAUCAAAGAACCCACACUGGAGAGAAACCAUAUGACUGUUUGGAAUGUGGAAAGAGCUUCAGUGACAGUGGAUCACUUAUCAGACAUCAAAGAAGCCACACUGGAGAGAAGCCAUAUCAGUGCUUGGCGUGUGGAGAGAGCUUUGGCAGGAGUGAAAAUCUUACCAAGCAUCAAAGAACCCACACAGGAGAGAAACCUUAUCAGUGCUUGGAGUGUGGAAAGAACUUCAGUGAGAGUGGUUCACUAACCAAGCAUCAAAGAACCCACACUGGGGAGAAACCAUAUCCGUGCUUCGAGUGUGGAAAAAGCUUCACUGACAGUAGUUCACUUACUGUGCAUCAAAGAACCCACACAGGAGAGAAACCGUAUCGGUGCUUGGAGUGUGGAAAGAGCUUCAGUGUCAGUUGUUCACUUACCAAGCAUCAAAGAACCCACACCGGAGAGGAAUCUAAAUGUAUGGAAUGGGCAAAGAGCGUCAGUGGCUGUGGAUCACUUACUGUGCAUCAAAGAACCCACAGUGGAAAGAAACCUUAUAAAUGUUUGGAGUGUGGAAAGAGCUUCAGCCAAAAUGGUAGCCUUACUUUGCAUCAAAGAAUCCACAGUGGAGAGAAAACAAAUAAACUCUUGAAGUGUGGAAAGAGCUCCAAGACAGAUGAAACACUUAGUAUACAUCAACUAAUCCACCCUGAGGAGAAGCCAUAUAUAUGCUUGGAGUGUGGAAAGUGCUUCAGUGUGAGUUCCAGCCUCACUGCACAUAAGAGAACCCACAGUGGAGAGAAAGUAUUUGAAUGCUUGGAGUGUGGAAAGAGGUUCAGGACAGGUGAAACACUUACUGUGCAUCAAAGAACCCACACUGGGGAGAAACUACAUAAAUGCUUGGAAUGUGGAAAUAACUUCUCUGACAUUGGAGCACUUGUCAACCAUCAGAGAACUCACACUGGAGAGAAGCCGUAUGAAUGCUUGGAGUGUGGAAAGACCUUCAGCCAAAGUGGAAACCUUACUUUGCAUCAAAGAAUGCACACUGGGGAGAAACCACAUAAAUGCUUGGAAUGUGGAAAGAGCUUUUCUAAUAGUGGAUCAUUUAUCAAGCAUCAAAGAACUCACACUGGAGAGAAACCAUAUGAGUGCCUGGACUGUGGAAAGUGCUUCAGCCAAUGUGGAAACCUUACUUUGCAUCAAAGAAUCCACACUGGAGAGAAACCUUAUAAAUGCUUUGAAUGUGGAAAGAGCUUUAAGGUGAGUUCCCACCUCACUUCUCAUCAAAGAACCCACACUGGAGAGAAACCCUAUCAGUGUUUGGAGUGUGGAAAGAGCUUCAGCCAAAGUUCACAACUUAAUGUGCAUCAAAGAACUCAUAUUGGAGAGAAACAUAGCAAUGCUUCCAGUGUGGAGAAAGCUUCAGUGUGAGUUCCCACCUUAUGGUACAUGAAAGAAGCCACAACAGAGAGUGUCCCUGUCAGUGCCGGGAGUGUGGAAAGAGGUUCACUGACAGUGACACUCUUACUUGGCAUCAAAGAACCCACACUGGCGAUUGUGAUGAAAUGGGAGCGUCUGCUUUUGGAUUUCAAGAAGUAAAUACUAGUAGGUGAGGGCUUUCAUUGGGCAAAGUCUCUCUGCUUAGAUUAGACUUCUAGGAAUGUUCAAGACAUUAAAUAUAAAUAAUACUAAAGUGCUAGCAAAUGUGGGAAGUAAAGGAACAGUUUAAGAUUUGUAAGAUUUCAACCUCAAACAUCACUCAUUCUAUUGUACAGUGACCAUGUUUGGUAAACAUGAAUCAUAAUAAACUUGAAUCUGAGAAAGGUC